CAUCAUCGCCACGCGCAUCUCGAGUUUGAUCUACCGCCAUCGAACCCUCGCAGCUGUAUCAAAUCAAGUUCCUUCGCCUACGUCCACCCGGCCACCGAAGUUCGGCGAGCCUGCUCUCGGCAACGAUGUGGCGGUUGUUUCGACCACGCAUGGGUGCAACAAGCGCGAGCACUCUGGCUGCUCGGGCGAUCGCGCCAAAGGUUCCCGGCCGGCAAACCGUCAUCAUACAGAAGGUCAAGAUAUCUAGGCCUAGAUUCAGACCGAGAACAUUCUUUCUCGGUGCAGGCAUAUCGCUUGUCUGUUGGCAGGUGUACUGGUCAACCGUUUUGAAUCCCUUUUUCCAACAUGUAGAUCGAGAAUACGAGAGCCUCUCAGUGGCGGAAAAGAAGGCGUUGGAUGAAGAAAUGGAUGAGGAGGCGGAGCCGUGGUUUAUCCCGUUUCCUUUUACAACCAAAUCCGUCGAUCAACCACCGUACAAAGGCAGUGACCCGGAGUGGCGGCAAUUUCAAGAGCUCAGCAAGGAUAAAGAGGCCCAAAAGCAGAUGCGCAGUCAGCUCUCCCAAAAAGUGAAGGCCGCUGUCGAACAUAACCCAAGAAUCAUAGCCAGCGGCGGUAAUUCGGUGAAGAUUAGAAGAUACUGGCUGGAUAUUGAUUUCCCUUACCGACCACCACCAGUCUUCUAUUCCUCUGGACUGUUGGUGCAAGGCGAUGGUCUCUACUGGUCCAGGCAAGAAGUUGAUUCAUUUGCCGCCAAACGAUUAGAGAAGGUGCUUUGGCCACGGGCCAUGGCUGUUUCGACAUGGGCAUUUGCAUCGACGCUGGUUAUGCAACACGUUACGGGCGUAUCCCGGGCACUGGGUUUCGAGUCUAGCAAGCCCGUCCAGCCUUUACCGCCGAUACGAGGUGGCAACGUACAACAGAAAACCCAAGGGCCUCUGCCGUCUGCCAACAGACAGACUCCGGAUGGCACCCCGGCAGAGAAUGCCUCUCACAACGUUAGCAAAACAGCGGAUCCCCGACAGACGGAUGAACCUGAGAGUGGUGGCAAGACCAACUUCGUCAGGGACGCGGCCAUUUCCCAGGUUGAGGGUAUGAAGCAUAUCACGGCGGGGCCAGUAAGAGAGUUCUGGAAGAAGCUAUCGCAAACGUGGAGGUCGCCGAACCGAUACCCUCCGCGUGGGUGCGUCCUCGUCUCUGGGUUCGUUGAAUGCGAAUUGCCCAAAGCUCUAGUGGUGAUUGAUGUCUGGGGUUUCUGGAACCCCAAGACGAAGAAGUUCGAUCCCGAUUUGACCUUCAUGAAGCUCAGAAGGUUCCAGCCGAAGCGCCAAGUUCCUCUACAGGCGUGAUGGGGUUUUACGAGAUAAGGGGGUUCGGAAAUAGAGGAGUGACAUUUGCAUACGGGCGGCGUUUGGGGUAGCGGCGACUAUCUACUUCACUUCACCUCUUGGGUUUCUGUGGCAUUGGUUGGCGAUUUUGAUUUCGCCAACAAGACGUGCAUUGGUUUAGGAGUUAAGCGUGAGCCCCCGAGGUCGCCGGCAAACGAAGCGUUCUGUACAAUGGUAGACUGAGCGUUUGCUUUGUUCAAUAUCAAGAUACCUUAGAUCGGCUCAGAAAUCGUUCUGAGCCGGAGCUGCCAAAUAGCUAAACGGAGGGUUCAAGGUUCCUCUCUCAAUUGUUUGUCAGAAACAACUGCCAUGUGAAUCCGUAGGUUGCACGCCGACUACAACUCCCUCCUCCUCCUCCU